UGUACUACUGUAUCCGCUCCCCGAAUCGCGUGUUCUCAGUAAGGAAGGUCACUGACUGACUGCUCGCUGCGCUGUUUAAUUUUAGUGUCCCGUUAUUUCCGCGCCUGCGGGGGGCGUAGAUAGAAUCAAUAGAUGGACCUACGUUAUAGUUUAUAAUCCGCUGUCUUUACUUUCUUUUACUACAGUCUCACAUAUGAUAGCCGCUUUAUUUUAGCUGUCAUUUUCAAGAGCUAUACUAUACAGCGUUUUGAACGACAUGAUGGUCUCUCUCUCAGAUAUGUUUACUCUACCAUUUUUGCUGUUUUGGGCUAUACAAAUUACCAGCUGUGUUCCUGGGCACCAAAAUAAUGUGACUCCUGCAAUAGAUACAGUAUCAACAGAUGUAUUUAUUUCUGGGACCCCAGUUGAUGAACUCAUCAUUUCCGCUUCGAACCCAGAGGACUAUCUGUAUGACUUUGAGGAUGACGAGUUUAAGAUCUGUGUAAAACUGCAUGUGAACCAAGCUGGAAGUGGGUGUAUGGGUGGAGCCGAAUAUAUCAGUAAAUCUGAGCACGAUACAAUAAAUGUGAGUCAUAUUUAUGGGAAUGUAACACUUCCACAAGGUGUGCGUGCUUUCCUUGUGAGGAAUGUGUCCUGCAUAGUAUAUAACACUGACAAGUUAAACUGCACUUGGGUUACACUGGACCUACCCGCUGGCGCCCAACACUCUGUCACUGUCACGAAAGAUGACACUGUCACCACCUAUGACUGUUUCACAAACUCACAAGGCAACAUUUUUGGGUGCCAUGCCAAUAUUGAUGAAGAUGUUGAAGAUGUGACUGUACAUAUCAAUGUGUCCCUCCCAAACUUUUGCUAUAUUCACUCUGAAGUGUUUGAAAAAGCAGACAUUGACAAGCUCAAUCCCCCACACAACGUAACAGCAUCAGUGGUGUCAGACAGCCUGAUUAUUAAAUGGGAUGUUCAGUCAAUGCUCUCUCCCUUUUGCUUCUACUACCAAAUAAACAUCAAUAAUGAGCUCUUCAACAGCACUGAGGACAAAGAGUACACCGUACCAAACAUAAACCUGCGCCAGAAAUAUCUGAUUAAGGUCAGAGUUACCAAGACACCUACCUGCAGGGUUAACAAUAUUUGGAGUGACUGGAGUGAACCGGUAGAAGUGAUGGCAGCUAAAGAGCUGGCUGUAUUAAACGGCCUCAAGAUUGCUGUCAUUUCCCUCGGUAUACCGAUGUUUCUUCUCGCUGUGGUGCUGCUGUGUCGGUGGCCCAGGAUAGUUGACAAGCUGUUUCCUCCUAUCCCAAGACCAUCUGUAAAGAUGAAACAACUUCUGGAAAUACAAGAGAGUUUCCAGGUCGUGCAGCCAAAAUAUACCGAAGAAGUAACUGAAAUUGAAGAUGACUAUGGCAACUAAUGUGUGAAGAGAGCUACCUGCCUGAGUGGACCAAACGUCGCUGGAUUCCAGGAACGGUGCUCAAAGUUCCCUUCAGUCAAGGCAGAAAAAACGAAUGUUUCGACGGAGCUGAUUGUAAUGGACCAAACGUGUCAAUUUUUCUUAUCGAGCCAAAGCAGAAGCUGAACAGACUAGCAUUGUUGGACUAAAAUUUGAGUAAUUUUUAACUCAGUAAAUAGUACUAGAAAUUAUUUUCUCUUGCUGCCAAGGGAUUUCCUAUUUUAAUACCAUUCUUCCUAGUUUUGUUACCCAAGCAAUGUUGAUCUUAGUGUUUGAAGGUGAAACUUGAUGGUUCUGGCUUCCUCAAAGGCCAAGGCAGUAAGAGAGCUUACUUAGCUGAGAAUUUCCAACCCAUCCUCUUGAGACUUUUUCUGUCUGCUUUCAUCGCCUAAGGACACUGCAUGAGACUGGCCUCUAUAGCCGGAAUACCAUCCUUGUUGAAUUUCCAUUUUCAUUCCCAUAUUUUAAUAAUGUAAUAUAUCAUGACAAAAGCAGUAUUCCACUGUACAACACUGUUUGCUAUACUGAAGGCUUCAAGGUCAAAAUGUGAUUUUCACGUUUCAGAAUAAACUUGUUUACCUUAAAGUGAAGAAAUAGUUACAAACAACGCCUAGUGCACAGAAGGACGUACCUUAAUGCAGGGUGACAAUAAACCAGCAGUUUGAAGAGGCCUUGUUCCCAGUAACACUAACUUAUCAGUUAGUGUUACAUUUUUUAGAAUCUGUAAAUAUUGUAUAAGAAGUAUGCACCAUUGUACUUGUUUCGCCAGCAUGUAGAACAGUUUUCCCUCAGGUCUGUUUUAGGAACACACACACACACACACACACACACACACACACACACACACAUUUUCAG